UGCGCAUGCGGCAGGACGCAACUCCGCCCCGCAACCUGUGCGGGAUUCUGUGUGGCCCUGUACGGUAGGCAACAUGAGACUGGAAGCGAUCCGCUACUCGCCGGGCUCGCUGCAGAUCCUCGACCAGCUGCAGCUGCCGGAGCACUGCCACUACGAGACGCUGAGCUCCGUGCAGCAGGCCAGGGAAGCUAUCCGCGCCAUGAAGGUGCGCGGCGCUCCCGCCAUCGCGCUGGUGGGCUGCCUCAGCCUGGCUGUAGAGCUGCGGGCCGGUGCCGGCGGUCCCGGGCUCGCCGCUCUGGUGGCCUUCGUGCGAGACCAGCUGAGCCUCCUUGUCGCCGCCCGGCCCACAGCUGUCAACAUGGCCCGCGCCGCCCGCGAUCUGACUCACAUGGCGGCCCGAGAGGCGGAACUAGAGGGUGCUACUGAAGAGACCGUGCGGGAAAGAGUGAUCCGCUUUGCCGAGGACAUGUUGGAGAAAGACCUCAAAGAUAACCGGAGCAUUGGCGACUUGGGAGCCCGCCAUCUCCUAGAGCAGACCAACCCCAGGGGUGGCAAGGUGACUGUGCUGACCCACUGUAACACUGGUGCUCUGGCCACUGCCGGCUACGGUACAGCGUUAGGUGUGAUCCGCUCACUGCACGAGAUGGGUCGACUGGAGCAUACCUUCUGCACGGAAACCCGGCCCUACAACCAGGGAGCGCGGCUGACAGCCUUCGAGCUGGUGUACGAAAAGAUCCCUGCGACUCUCAUCACUGACAGUAUGGCCGCUGCAGCCAUGGCACACCAGGGUGUGUCAGCUGUGGUAGUGGGAGCUGAUCGUGUUGUUGCCAACGGAGACACAGCCAACAAGAUAGGCACCUACCAGCUGGCCAUCGUCGCCAAGCACCACGGUGUCCCCUUCUAUGUGGCUGCCCCCAGUUCAUCCUGUGACCUCCGUCUGGAGACUGGAAAGGAGAUUGUCAUAGAGGAACGCCCCAGCCAGGAGCUGACUGACCUGAAUGGAGUCAGGAUUGCUGCACAGGGAAUCCGGGUUUGGAAUCCUGCCUUUGAUGUCACCCCCCACGAACUCAUCACAGGCGGCAUCAUCACUGAGCUGGGUGUCUUUGCCCCUGAGGAGCUCCGUGCAGCCUUAAGUGCCAUCAUCUUCUCAGAGGGACAGACCCUAGAUAGUCCCCAGAUGUGACUAGCUGGCUCUCCCUGCCCUGCCUUCUUCUGGUUUUAUAAUAAAGUUAUCAAAUGGCUA